AUGGAAGAGAAUGAGACUGGUAUACAGUCAUCAACAACCGAUGAUGAAAUUAACUACAAUGGCACAGGAAACGGAGAUAUCUGGCAGUGGGCAGCUAAGAAAUCCCAGGAUAUGGAGUGCGAAAAGAAACUGAAUAUAGAUUUACAGUUGAGAUGCGACAGCCCGGGUUCUGACAGCCUGGAUCCUGACAGCCUGGACAGGGCAAUAUAUUACGAUGUGCUUGAUUGGGACACUGUCAGCUCCUCCCAAAGGACUUCCCUGUUUCCAAAAUGGCGCUUGCCAAUGAAGAUGGCAUUUUUGCUGGCGCUAUUCAUGUUCAUGUAUACAUUUCUCAGAGAAGUUUUGUACCCCUAUGUUACAAAGAGUAAAAAUGAAUUCUAUAGAAUUCCAAUAUUGGUGGUGAAUAAAGUUUUGCCAGUUGUUGCUAUCACUCUGCUAACCAUGGCCUAUUUACCUGGAAUAUUUGCCACAGUCAUCCAACUUCACCGUGGCACAAAGUACAAGAGGUUCCCAUCAUGGCUGAACACAUGGAUGCUGAGACGCAAGCAGUUUGGACUCCUAAGUUUCUUCAUUGGGGCAAUGCAUGCCAUCUACAGUCUGUCCUAUCCCAUGAGGAGGUCUUACAGAUACAAGCUCCUUAACUGGGCCUAUGAACAGGUGAAGCAGCAGAAAGAAAGUAGCUGGAUUGAGCAUGAUGUAUGGAGGAUGGAGAUCUACGUGUGUCUGGGCAUUAUAUCUCUCGCUAUUUUAGGCAUAUUGGCUGUUGCAUCGAUUCCAUCAGUCAGCCAUUCUUUGUCUUGGCGAGAAUACCAGUUCAUACAGAGCAAGAUGGGCUACGUGGCAUUAUUACUGAGUACGGCGCACACCUUGGUGUUUGCCUGGAAUAAAUGGGCAGAUGUCAGCCAGUUUAUUUGGUGUAUGCCCCCCUCCUUCAUGUUGGCGGUAUUCCUCCCCAUCCUCGUCCUCCUCUGUAGAGCCAUCUUUCUUCUGCCAUGUUUCAGCAAGAGGAUUCAGAAGAUCAGAUACGGCUGGGAGGCUACUAAACCCAUGAACAAGAACUGUGUCCUGACUCAUAUGUAA